CAUGGCCAGGUAUAAAUAAGAAGUCAUUGACAGGUGUUUUGAGUCGUCAGUUGACGUUCCACUGUAUUUAGGUACACAGGGUCUGAGUGUUUUCAAGAUGAAUUGGAAAGAAAAAUUGUGUGUUGUGCUGGGCAUUGUUUCGUGGUUCUGUUGUGCAGUCACCGGCAUCGUUGUUCCAGCGCAGACUUCUCCGCCGGUACCUCUAAGACGCCCAGCACCCGCGUCACGACAAUGUCCGCCUCUGAUUAAUUUUCCAACUCAAUGUCGUAUCAUGGCUCAAUGUUCCGUCUGGUGGGCCGAACUUGUCAAAUCACCUCAGUCCAUUUGCACGAACCAGGCUGAAUCCCCCUACUGGAAAGCUUGUUGCCCGGCCAUUGUCGGUGGACGAAACAGGAUUGGCGCCAUGUCGGAACAAUCAUUGGAAUCUGAGAUUUUGACCGUCCCAAACACUGAACUCGUUCGAGUGAGUAAAUUUGGCCAGUCGGAAAUUGGCCGGAUAGCUGGUAUCGAGUCACGCCUAUUGGAACACAAGGCAUUUCUUUCACCUGGAUCGACUGCUUUUGCCUACUUCGUCAACAUGAAGCCUAGCGACGAGGCAGCUCCGCUUGGUGAAAAUGGUUUAAUGGUCACCAAAUCCACGCAGAAGAUUAGAGAAGUAUUGAGAUUAUCCAACGAGGCGGCUGGCAUUGCAACUCAAACAUUGUCCGUUAAAGACACUCCGUUGGCUAGCACGUGCAUCCCAGAUCCCACCUGCCGUCCUUCCAAAUAUCGUACGAUCGACGGUUCGUGCAAUAACGUUAAAUCACCGUUAAUGGGCCGUUCAAACACUCAGCUAGGUCGUUACCUUGCCCCGGACUACGACGAUGGUGUUUGGGAGUCACGUGAUAAAGGCAUGCCAAAUUCACGAACGGUUCGUACAGUUUUGGCGCCUGACCACGAUCGCAUGCAGAAAGAUGUGACGUUAAUGUUGAUGCAGUUCGGACAGUUUGUAGAUCACGACAUCACUCACGUACCCGUUUUCCAAUUGGCUAAUGGCAGUGGAAUUUCGUGCUGCACUCCGGAUGGUAAACACCAAUCGUGGGAACUUCGUCAUCCGCAUUGCUUUACCUUGGACAUAUUACCGGAUGAUACUUUCUAUCGUCAGUUCCGUGUCGAAUGCGUCAACUUUGUUCGAUCGAUGGUUGCACCCCGAUCCGAUUGUACUUUCGGAUAUGCUGAACAACUUAAUCAGGUCACGCAUUGGCAUGAUGCUUCAGCUAUUUACGGCUCAACCCAGUUUCAAUCUGACCUUCUACGAGAGCGGAAAGGUGGGCGUAUGAAGACAUUUGCAUACCAGAAUCGUCAACUGCUUCCGCUUGACUGGAACAACAAAGAUUGCAUUGGCUUUGACAAAGGCUUACGUUGUUUCCUCUCUGGUGAUUCCCGUGUUAACCAAUUGAUUGGGUUGACUGUUAUGCAAACCGUUUGGCAUCGGGAACACAACCGAGUGGCUGGUGAAUUAGCUCGUGUUAAUCCACGGUGGAAUGAUGAAAGGCUCUUUCAAGAGGCACGUCGUGUUGUUAUUGCUGAACUGCAACACAUCACAUACAACGAAUACCUUCCUGUCCUGCUUGGUCGUCCGGUUAUGGAGGCUUACGGUUUACUUCCGAGGACUUCUGGGUUUUUCACCGGCUAUAACGAUACAGUCAAUGGCAAUGUGUUCAAUGAAUUCUCUACUGCCGCCUAUCGCUAUGGUCAUUCUAUGGUUAGCCAUUGGUUUGAGUUGGUCGACGAAAAUGGGGCUACUUACGACAGGUUGCAUCUAAAAGAUUGGUUCAAUAACCCACAUCCUUUGUUGAAAGCUGAUGUUCUUGAUGGUGUUCUGCGUGGACUGACGCUUGCAAACCCAGAAGCUUCUGAUGAACACUUUGUCACCGAUCUUACCAACAUGCUCUUCAAGACACCUGAGUCGAAACAUGGUGGUGAUCUUGUUGCAUUUAAUGUUUGGCGUGGACGUGAUCAUGGUCUUCCUGGUUACAAUGCUUAUCGAGAACUGUUUGGUUUGAGAAAGGCUAAAACUUUCAGCGAGUUAAACGAUCUCUUCACUCCAGAAACAAUUGAUAAGAUGGCAUCUCUCUACAAAAGUCCCGAAGAGAUUGAUCUUUAUCUCGCGGGAAUGUCUGAAAAGGUGGAUUCUUCUAGUGGUAUUCUUGGGCACACGUUCUUACAUAUGGUUGCUGAUCAGUUUGCACGCCUCAAAGAAGCUGAUCGAUAUUUUUACGAGACUGGUGAUCAGAGCGGCUCAUUUACCAUAGAUCAACUGAACGAAAUCCGCAAGACAUCUCUGGCCAUGAUUUUCUGCCUAAACUCGGACGGGAUCAAAAAUAUUCAACCUCUCACGUUCCGACCUCUCUCCGAGAUUAACCCGCGUCUCCCGUGCUCAGCCAUUCCGACAAUAUCCUUCGCACCAUGGAGAGAACCUUAAUUAUUAAAGAUCUGUUAUUGUUUAUAUUUUAUCCGUUACGUUUGUAUAUCAAAAAUAGAGAUGUGAUUGCCAUA